GCCAUUACAGUACCAUCUGCAUGUGCUGCUAUCGCUUUUCCUCAUCAUCAAGCCAUGUUUGCUGGACCUGGCUAGUCCAUUUUUUGAAACACUCGAUAUCGUUCAUAAUGUUCCACUACUAUGUUCUCCUGUUCGUGCCAAUCGUUUUUUCUACACAUGCAGUCUUAAUCCACCGAAGUGGUCGGACAGGAACCCCCGUCAAUACCGUUGCUGGUACAGUUAUGCUGGACGCGGCCGAGGUGUCAGGGAAUGCACCGUUGUUCAUCGAUGCCUUCUACGACCAUGAGAAGCCAGUAGCCCAUGUUAUCCUAAACAUGAAAUCCUUCGUGGAGCCGACAGCAGAAGCACUUCAAGAGUGGGGAGCUGAGACCGAGUGGACGUGUGAAUGGACGGCACCGAAAGCGAGGCUUCCGAAGACUGUCGCGGUUCUUCGGGGCUAUACAAAUGUGGAUGCGCAUGCUUCCAAACUCGCAGGACUACACCCGCCUCGUCCUGACGAAGGAUUGCGCUUGGCCCGCAAUCAUGGCGGCUGGCCUACUGGAACAGUGGAGGCAUCGUUUAAUGAUAUCAGCGCCGAAGGACCAUCACCUCAUUGGGCCAUUGUCAUCUCAUGCCCCACGAUAUCAGCGCUGAAUGGUUCGUCGUCUGCUCGUCUCAAUCUGAUGGGGAAGCGCAAGGACAAAUGGGUGUUCGAUCGCUUCGGCAUUCCUGUAAGCGAGUCACGAUUUGUAAAACGUGAUGUGGAUUAUGCCAUCUGCACAAUGGUUGAUCGAGGACCCCUGACAAAGGCAGAGUACUUGCAGCCAUGGGCACAUUACCAUUUGAGACUCGGAUUCACGCAACUGUUGGUUUAUGUGGAGGAAAAUGACACGUCUUGGGUUGAGGACGCGAUGAGCAGUUUCAUUCAGAAAGAUCAGGUUACCAUUGUGCCUUUUUACUUUGGCAAAAUAUCAGACAAAAAAGAGUUCCUUACGCAAGGUGCCAUGGAAAGUCACUGCCUUUACCAAGCGCGUGGUAUGGCCAAGUGGAUUGCGCACAUGGACGUCGAUGAAUACUUUGAUUUCAUUCGUCCGGAUGUCAACAUACGCAACUAUACACUUCCUAAGUCGGGUAGCAGCGACGUUGCGCUUGUCGUGAGGAACCAGUUUUGGGGAAUGCUGCCGGAGUCCCACCGUGUGGACGUACCAUACCCAUGCCACCUCAACGGGAAGUCGCAGUAUAUCCAUGAACUCGGACGGAGGAGCAAAGUUAUUAUGCGGCCAGAACAUAUUGAUGCGUUGUUUCCUCACUAUGUCGUCAAACAAGACGGCUAUACCGAGGUUCAUCCAGAUCCAUCAACAGAGUUGCGAUUGAAUCAUUUCAAAUGGUGCGAUUUGUCAGGUCAUGGGUGUUUCGGCACCGAGCAGUCAUCGACGAGCCGUCGUAAGAGAUUGGCGACUGACGACAGCGAUUGGUCAAGGAGGUGUGCACACAUUCUUUCCGAGGGGCAGUAGUGUAGUAGGUUUCCGGGCAUCGCGAAGUGCUCUGCCAGAUAGCCUUUCAGAGUCGUUCGCUCUUUUCGGCAUCCCUUCUCUUCUUUCUCCUCGUUGUGGAUGGGGCUUCCACCUUGCUUCAAGCGUGCCACCGCCAUCGCAGGUGAUUCGGGCUGGUGAUCGGUUUUUGCCAGCAGAUGCGUUGGUCAAUUUCGCUUUGAUGGUGCAGGAGCCGACGUACGCCGCUCGGGCAGUGCACCUUCAAUGGAAAUCGUCGUCAGUUCACAGCAUGGUGCGCGGAUGUGGCCCGCUGUGGCAGCCCACCGCCUCUACACUGCACUGCGGUGCAUGCCGAACAGCCUCUCAGCUUCACCGUUGCAGGCUGGCUGGCGGUAUCGGGAGUCGGGAGUGGCAGGGAGGACGACACAACCACUGGCGUGGAACCUCAUUUGGCGCCGGCAUCCACGCGUUUCUGGAGCAACGUGCGCGUUCUGUAUGGACAUGGUCAUGUGGGCUCCAGGCUGCAGGCGUUGCUCGAUCAUCCGCGUCGGAGCCGCCGCGAUCUCUGUGGCCGUCGCCAAGGGAUUCGUCGCCCUCCUUCCCUGUCGCUCCCCUUCUUCCUUCCCGCCCCACUCUCUCUCUGUCUUCCGUUUUUUUUUCUCCUCUCUCUUUCUCUCUCUCUCUCUCUUUCUUUCUCUCUUUCCCCCCAUUUCUUGAAGGGAGCAAGAACAAUGUGAUGAUAGUUGAGGUCUAUACAACAAUGUGACAGAGCUG